AUGCCGCCCUAUUACCCGGGCGAUUCCGACUUUGACGUACACGAAGUCAUCGCGGUGCGUGAAGAUGAGGGCCAAUUACCUGAAGUGAUCGAGCAGCGUCUGCAACUCCGCGCCCGAUACUCCUCCCCCGGCCUCGUCUGUUUCCGACUUUUCUCAGCACCCAACGGCAUGCCAACCAAUACCACGACUUGGCUACAAAUCCGAGCGAACUGUAUCAAGUCGCUCAAAAAAACGCUCUAUGACAAAACCGGCACCAGCGGCCCAGUUCCACCUUACCUCGAAACUGUCCGCUGGCUCCUCCACGGCAUGCAAUCGGUAGCUUGUCUUCAGUUCCAGCUGCAUAGCGAGGGCAAGAUCGACCUAGUUACGCCAAUCGACUCUGACAACGAAAAUACGCCUAACGGACCUGUUUCGGACACUCGGGCAUCAUUGGUGUCCCUCGCGAAAGCCUCGCGGUUUUCCGUGUACUUUCGGCACGACAUCUUGCAGCGAAAGACGUUCGCGACUUACCAGAGGGCUAUUCUGGGUUUCCCUUCUUUGACGGAAAGGGACAAGCAGGCGUAUGAGUGCAUGGUGGACGUGGGCAGGCUGUACCAUGGCGCUGGCGGCAAGGUGGACAGGCCUCAUGACCAUGAGGAUUCUCCGUCCACAAAGGAACAUCGCAACUCCCCCGGCCCGGCCACGCCUGCAUCGUGCGGUAGCACUCUUGCCUUUGAGGAUGUGCCACCCGAGCGAGGCUCACCCCCGCCGUACGAUGAAUGUUUGAGCGAGGAACAGUCGCCGAAGGCCAUGUCAGACGCCGCAGCCAUCGUGGCCGAAAGCUUCAGACGCGACUACGACUGCAACUACGACCGCGACCCACCGGGGUAUGGCGAUGCUGAUCGGUGGAAUGAUCAGUCGGAUUCCUCUCAGGGCGUCUUCCCUCUGGGAAACGCAGAUAUCCACAUGCAACACCUGAAACGAAAACGUACACGUACCACCGCAUGCGCCGCAACGACGCCUACACGAGACGCCACUCAUCCGAACAAAUCGCAGCGGUUGCCGUCAGCCGACCCCGACAGUCUACUGAUGCGUGUGUUUGAGCAGCAGCAACAGCAGCAACAACAGAUCGAAGAUCUACGACAAACGGUGGAGGAACUGCGGGAACGUAAUGCGGAGCUCGAAGCGCGGUGCGAUGACCUGGAGAAAAAAUGCAGUGAGGUAGAAGAUGGUCAAUUCGAAAGCGUGGAGGCUGUCGGCAAUCUCGACAUUGCGGUGGACGAACUUCAAGCUAGGUGCGACACCCUCGAGAAGCAGAUGCCGGACGUCUGUGAUGAAAUGGCGGAUCUCAGAGAGAAGUUGUUGAAGGACCGUAGAAAGAAAUUGGAAGAGGACAAGCCCGAAUCAGUCAAGGAUAGCGUGAUGAAACAAAUACGCGAGACGGUCGAGGCUGAGUUCAGCCAAGUUGGAUGCAGGGUUCUGAAAGCCUUCCAACCAUCAUGGGUCAACGAAGAGAUCAAAACGAAGUAA